GGUAAACAAACACGCGCACGCGUGUGUUGUGGAGUGUGCCAUACCGCCGUCUUUCUCACCUUGAAGCGUUUGCAUGGUUUGCGCCUCAUCUUAUAGCUAGGCUUUUGAACAGUCAGGGCAAGUAUACAUUGUUCCUGUUGGUUCUGUCGACUUGUCACACGCUCUUCUUCCACUCAAUUCCUUGCUCUUUCUCGAUUCCUACUCGUCUGUUCUCAAAAGCUGUUCCAUCCACAAUCCCUACGGCGGAUUCGGAUCACAACCUCAUCAUGCAGUCCGUCCAGGCCCCGGGCAGCUACGUCAGCCCCUACCGCGGAGUGGUCAAGCAUGGCGACAAAUUCAGUCACUUCGAUGUAUACGUUGACCCCGAGCACCAGAAGGAUGGAUAUUGGAUCUUCAGUCCUGGGAACGAAGAGCUCGCGUACCAGAGAGGUUUCCGAGCACCGGAGUUGCUCCUCCUGGCCGAACUCAGAGAACCAGGCAAGGGCGCUCCGGACGACAUCAAGCUUCGAUGGAUACCCGGCGCAAAGGACAUGUUCUUCCCAGAACGACACGUUAGUGCAAAGCAGCACAUUGCAGCGAUUGCCUUGGAGCGUCGAUUGUUUGGCUUACCCUCGUUGGAUACCAGCACUGUACCCGUCUAUCCUUGCGACUUUUAUGGAAAGCUGCUUCACCACCGUCGGGGCGUCACUACGGUGAGCUCUAAAUCGUGUAUAACGUGUCACAAGCAAAAGGAGCGCUGUGACAAGGCAGUACCGGACUGUAAGACUUGCGUUAGGCGAGGGAAAUUGUGCCAGUAUCCCCCAGACGGGCGAAUGAGGACCUUCUAUCAUCCCGCAAACAUAACUCCAGGGAGCCAGAAGUCAUCGAGGGCCUCGAAAUCCCAAAAAUCUCGUGCCGACAACAUGAAGCCAUCCGCGACGUCCAGCGGUUUUUCGGACAAUAAGAUGGAACGGGAGCCGUAUUCAAAGGUUGCCACGUUUCUGGCUGAGGUAAAGGAAGGUCCACAGCACAUGAUGGCAGCUGCAGAAACGGGCAAGACCAAUGCAUACACCUCCCGUGAGAUUGUCCAACCUUCACCGGUUUCCUCGCAGAGCAAGGGCACGUCUGUCGAACAGGGACGCCCACCGCAUUUUCAAGCAUCCAUAGCCGCACUCAUAGGCUACGACAGCUCGAGUGACGACGAAGCUGGUGCCGAUCUGCCAGAGGCCGAGCGAGGUCCUGCCGAGCUUGACGGUGUUGAUCACAUAACUCCAAGCCUGAACGACGACGCUGGUGUCGGUGUGCCAGAUUUGCCCAGUGUUGAUCAUACAUCUCCGAGCCCGAACAGCGAAGUUGAUAUCGGUCCGCCAGAGAUGGACGAAGAUCUCGCCGAGCUUGACAGAUUGUUCGGUGUGGUUCCCGUUUCGCUGGGCCUGAACGACUGCGCUGGCAUCGGCCUGCCAGCAUUCGAGGGAGCUCUCGCCGAGCUCGACAGCUUGUUCAAUGUUGAGUCCGCGUAUCUGGGCCUGAACUAUGACUACGGUGCCACACUUCCCGAUCUGGACUUCACCAUCAACGGUACUAUCGAUCCCCAACUGCUCGCCGCAACACCCUACUCGGAUAUGAUGGAAGGACUCACCCCACAGACCGAUGAAGUCGUGACGCCCGAAUCGCACGAGAAGGCCUGGGAAAUGGCACCAGAGGACGCCGCCAUCCUAAGGCAGAUCGGCGAAGACCUGGCGGUGGAAUUCGGGAAGGAAACCCUGAACCUGCCGAUUCCGUGCAUGGAUUGCGAACAGAUGGAGCAGCACACGGUGGAUUGCAACAUCAAUAGUGAGUUAUUGUUCCCCCAUCUUAGCCGGGUUCGGGCAUUGCCAUUCUGAGCCCGAUUCCUAUUCCUUUUGCACUUGAGCUUUUUACGAGAUUGGAGCUAAACAAGCAGAAUUCGGAGGGAGAUGAAGUGUUCCCCUGAGCAUCGGCGUUCGGGGGGUUGCAGUUGGAGGUGGAGGUGGAUGUGGUUUGGGAUGACGGGGAGGAGGCUUCGGUUCUGGGGGAUGGGGAAGAAGAGGGAGGGGAUGGGGAGGGCGAAGAGAGGGGGAGGAAAGAGAAUGAGAUGGAGUAGGGGAGUGUUGUGGUCGUUUUGGUGGUAGAGGAAGAGGCUGGGGAGUGGUGGUGUUUGCGGGGUUACGAUUAGACUGUGCCCCGGGGGUAAGGACGUACUCAUACAGCAAAGCAAAGCAGUAGUAAGCCACCAAGAUACCGAAUACAAGGAGUACGCCCAUCAGCAGAAAUGGACUAGCC